AAUUCUACUCGCACCUACAGGAUCGAUUUUAGCAGAUGGUGUUCUAGUCGCGAGAACGCUUACGAAACGUGAACCUGACAUCUAACGAAGUCGCAGUGUCGGCGACGGAAAGGGAAAUGACUUUUUGACAACAGCAAGGAGCACCGAUUAAAAACCGACAUAUUCCGGAGUGAUUUCGCCGUCGCAUUUAUCGGUGACUACGCAAUCAACUCUAACGAUAUCAACGUGACAACGUGUGGAAAAAGGAGAGAACAAGUUUCACGAUGCGUCAAAAGCGACAGCUUUAACAUUAUCGAUUAUUAUGAACCACCUUAACGAACAAAAAUGUACCCUUACUACUGGUCGUUAAUUAACGCGUGGAAUGAAAGCGAGGAAAGUCGAAUGGGUUUAAAUCUAACAUGACAACAGUUACCUUCCAUUUAUGCUGGUCAUCGGAUAUUUACAUCAUUGAUUAAAAAAUAAUCGUACGACAAGGAGACAUACGUGUAUAUACGGUUGUAAAUCUCGUAGAAGUUAGACAGGAGUUUCUAAGUUAAACUAAAUAAGGAUGGGAUCGGAACAGAGUUCUCAAGGAGGUGCACAUGGAAACACCAGUAGAUCGAGGAACAUCCCUUUGAGACGCGGUAAGAGUGUACCGAACCGCGAGAGAGUACCAGAAGACACACCGCCGAGAUGUAUCAGUCCCGGUGCUAGCAUUUGCUCCGAUUCGGAUCUACCAUAUAUAUCUUAUACUGUAAACAGGCCGAUCGGCGACUCUCCAAAGAUGACGAAUAAACAGUCGCAGUUAUACAGAGGGAAAAGUUUGGGCGCGCAAGAUAUAUCUAGACGUAAAAAUAGUUUAGGUUCCAGGAAAACUACCUCCAAUAAAGUACACGACAUAGUAGUAGUGAAACCAGCUACGGCGGAUCCCACGACAGACAAGGAUCCAGAUCUGGUCAAGUUGCAAAGCAUUCCGAUGUUCCUACCGAUAAUGAGAGGCACACUGAAUUUACCGCCGGGAGUCAGAGACCCAGAGGUGCUCGAGAGACUGAAUCCCAUCGGUUUGUUCAACCUGUGCGCCCGGUAUCAACAUCAUCUGAACACUAACGCUCAAAUGAUAGCCAGCGAACAGGCUACUCUGUGCGUGAACAUCGAACCGGAGGUGACCAGGAUGCUGAAUCUGGCAACCGAGAGGCAAAGGAAGUUUGCCAAAUUCGCGGAACAAUUGAACAAAGUACAAGAGCUCAGUAAGCAGCUGACUAAAUGUCAUUCACUUCUGAAUCAGACUCUAGAGAGCCUCGAGACGUUGAACGAUCUCUUACCGAUAGAGGAGAGGCUGGAACCGUUCGUUUGGACUACUGGAUAAGGAGAUGUUAAUAUUUCGAACGAUAACUUGCUCUGCAAGCAUACUGCACUGGUGCUAAGAGAUAAUUUCGAUACUAAAACCUGUUGAAAGACUUUUUAUUUACGUUUUUCAUUCUACCCUAGCUCAACUUUGUUACUAACUGUCAAAAAUGUUUGACACCUCACACGUAUAUUGCACAGAAAUCUACCUAUUUUCGUGUUAAUCCUAAAAGUUAUAUAAUUGUAUAAAACGAGAUGCGAUGUUUAAUUUGAAAAAUAUAGAGAGAUUUCCUAUGGUAAAA